AUGAUUCCCGGAAGAAGGCUCAUAUUUCCACUCCGGCCGCCGCCUCGACCUAAGCAUAACGGCGGGCGCAGCACACACUACCACGCAUGGAACAACGGCCGCCCUAAAACGGUCGUUCUCAAUCACACGGUCAACCAGUGGGCCAUGUCAGCUCCGAGCCAACCCCCCACCCCCCUAGGACGAUCCUUUUUCAAGGAGGGGUAG